AUGGUGUUGCAGGGUGUGAGGUAUGUUCCUAAACCAAAGAGGAAUUUGAUUUCUAUAAGCUCAUUCAAUCUUAUAGGUUAUUCAAUGAAGGUUGAGAAUGGAAUAAUGAAGGUAUCCACUAGAGAUUCUAUCGUAGCCAAGGGCAGAAAAAGUAAUGGAUUAUACAUCCUAGAAGGAUCCACAGUCAUUGCUCAUGCUUCAGGUGCAAGUCAAACAAUAGAAGACAAAACUAGACUAUGGCACUUGAGGAUGAGUCACAUUAGUGAGAAAGACUUGAAAGAAUUGGAAAAGCAAAAUAGGCUAAUGAGAGACAAACUUCAGAAGAUGGAUUUCUAUGAUCAUUGUGUCUUAGGGAAAUCUCACAAGGUGAAGUUUGGAACAGAUAAGCAUACUUCAACCCGACCUUUUGAAUAUGCUCAUGCUGAUUUAUGGGGGUCAUCUAGAACACAAAAUCAUGGUGGAGGGACAUAA